CGGCGGCGGCGGUGCUGGAUUUCGCUGCUGCAGCCCCGGCUGGCGGGUAUAUGCCUGCUCCCGGCCAUGUCGUAUCCUCAGGGUUACCUGUACCAGCCGUCGGCGUCCCUGGCGCUCUACUCCUGCCCGGCCUACAGCACCAGCGUCAUCUCGGGCCCCAGGACGGAUGAGCUGGGCAGGUCGUCGUCCGGCUCAGCUUUCUCCCCGUACGCCGGCUCCACCGCCUUCAGCGCCCCCUCGCCCGGGUACAACUCGCAUCUCCAGUACGGCACCGACCCGGCGGCGGCGGCGGCGGCGGCCGCGUUCUCCUCUUACGUGGGGUCGCCCUACGACCACACCCCCGGCAUGGCGGGCUCUUUGGGGUACCACCCUUACGCAGCGCCCUUGGGGUCCUACCCCUACGGGGACCCGGCCUACCGGAAGAACGCCACGCGGGACGCCACGGCCACCCUCAAGGCCUGGCUGAACGAGCACCGCAAGAACCCGUACCCGACCAAGGGCGAGAAGAUCAUGCUGGCCAUCAUCACCAAGAUGACCCUCACGCAGGUCUCCACCUGGUUCGCCAACGCGCGCCGGCGCCUCAAGAAGGAGAACAAGAUGACCUGGACCCCGCGGAACCGGAGCGAGGAUGAGGAGGAGGAGGAGAACAUCGACCUGGAGAAGAACGACGAGGAGGAGCCGCAAAAGCUGGAGGAGAAGGCCGACCCCGAGGCCCCCGAGAUAGGUGCCGCCGCGGGAGACCCGAAGGGCGCCGCGCCGGGCAAGGAGGCCGACGGCGCCUCGAGCGACUCGGAUUGCAAGGACACGCCGGACGAAGGGCUGCCCAAAGGAGCCGCGGGCGCCUCGCCGCCUCUGGUGCACUGCCUGCCGCCCGCCGGCCGCCUCCUGCUCCAGGCGCAGCAGCAGCAGCAGCAGCACGCGCAUCACCACCACCACCAUCAUCCCCACCUCGCGGGCGCGGGCGGCGAGGAGCCGCUGCCCGCCCCGUUCCGGCCGCCCUCCACGGACCUGCACCCCAUCCUGUCCUCCAGCGGCGGCGGCCACGGCGCGUCGGUGAUCCACUCGCCCCCGGCGCCCGCGCAGCCGCCGCCGCCGCCGCCGAACCCUGCCCCGGGCGCCGGGCAGGGGCCCCUCUCCAAGCCCAAACUGUGGUCGCUGGCGGAGAUCGCCACCUCAGCGGACAAGGCCAAAGAGGGCGGCGGCGGCGGCGGCGAGUCCCCCGCACAGGGCCCGGGCGGCGGCGGCGGGGGCGCGCCCGCCCCGACGGCGCGCUCGCCCUCCGCGGCGCACUGCCCCUUCCCCGGCGGCGCCUCGGUGCUCUCGCGGCCGCUGUACUACGCCGCCAGCCCCUUCUACCCGGGCUACACGAACUACGGCUCCUUCGGACACCUCCACAGCGGCGCGGCCACGGCGGGCGCGCCCGGCGCCCACUUUAACGGAUUAAACCAGACCCUGCUAAGCAGAGCGGAGGCCCUGGCUAAAGAAACGAAGCUCCUCCGAAGCCAGUCCCAAUUUGAUCUUAGCAAAGAGUCGCCUUACGAACUGAAGAAAGGUAUGUCGCAUAUCUAAUCUCGGCUUGCCCUCUGCGCCACCGGACGCCUUCCCCUCGGGAGGCCGCCCCCGCCCUCUGCUUCCCCAUCUCGAGGUCUUUUACUGCUAUUAAUUUAUUUACAAGCGAUUCAGUCCUGAUUUUGAGCGCUCCGGUAUUUUUUCUUCACGUGGCGGAGGGUGGGAGAGGAAGGCAAGAGAGACGCGAGGAAGGGAGGGGGAAGCGUAAAGCCCCGGCCACGAACCUGUCCAUCGAUUUUUCUAAUUUAUUUGAAAAAGGAGAAAGCGAAAGCUUCUAGGAGAAAGGACGGCUGAAGUCUUAAAAAGGGAUCGCAAGACGGGGAGGGAAGAGCGUCCCGCACACACAUUUACAAAAAAGGCAGAAGCAAUUUGUAUGAAAUCUUAUUCUGUAUAUUUAAUGUAGCUUUUUUGUAUUUAAAUCGGUAACACAUAUCUUUGAAGUAAAUUAUUAAAUCCAACCACCUGUACAGCCAUUAAUGUUGGGUUUUUGGUAAUAUAAAUAAUAUAAAUAUAUAUAUACAUUGGUGUCUUUUCCCAGAUUGUUUCCUAGUUUUAAGAGCUACACACGCGCACACGGGUUUAAAUUAAAAUUUAAUGCCUAUU